AUGGCGGCUGGUGUGACGCUGAUGUAUGUUUUGGAGAAGGGUGAUAAUAGUGAGAAUAAUUUGAUGAUGAGUUGUACGAUGGCGAACGUGGAUUGUGUGGAGGUUUUGGGUGCGGAGAGUGCGAGCAGUACUAAGACAGAGCAUAUUGAAUUGUUGAGUUUUUGCUCAGUUACGGAUGAGAAAUCAAAUGAUGGCAAUCCUCAUUUGCGGUUGCAGAUUGAUAAUCAAACUAACGGACAGAGUAAUUAUGCGAUACAAUUAGAACUAGCACCGUGCACAACAGAAUUGGAUAUCUCGAUAUUGGAUCGACUGUCGCCGUUAUUAUUCACGAAACCAUUUUUUACGUGUUCAUUCGGGCUGAAUGAUACUAGGAGUUGUUAUAAUGCACAGCCAUUAGACUUGAAGGAUGAUAUUUUUACGAAUACAAUUGGAGACGGUUUAGUGCCGUUGACAUCGAGUGCGGCUAGUGUGGUGUCGUUUGUGAUGAAGUGUAGUGAGUGGAAGGUGGUUUUGAGGAUUCCAAUGGCGGACUUACGUGAUGCAGUGUCGGUGGACGCAAGGGCACCGUAUUGGUUGAGACGGGUGCAUAGAGAGAGAUUGGAGUUGGAGUUGAGUGGUGGUGUGAUGGAGAUGAGGGAUUUGAUGAUGGCGCAGUGGUCUGGGAGUGUGGCGUUUAGUGCGGAUUCGAUGUUAGGACGUUUCAUGGACGGAGAGAAAGGCGCAAGUCUAGAGUGCAGCGAGCAGGAGCAGUUGUUCGUGUACGCUGGUAGUAGCAGUGGCAAGGCAGCGGCUCGUUCGGGGGGUAGCACGGAAUCGUCACGUGUCAGUGUGAAUGUAUCGUACGAUUUCCGUAAUAAGAGUUUGAAAAGCAAUGCGGGCAUAAUGAAUAACAGCGAUGAUGUAACGCAACGAAGUGGGCAAUGGGCGUCGUACUUCAAAACGAACUCGAAAGUCGAGGGAGGGCCGUUCUCGCAUACGGUGACCGUGCAUGAGAAUGAGCCGGUAACAAUGGUGGGCAGUCGAAAGGAAUUAAACGAGUUUGCGGUGAAUUGUAUGAAUAUAUCGAGUGUUAAGGUGGAGGUGACGAUGCCCGUGAUGAGGGUGAACCUGCCGAACCAUCACUUCUAUGAGGUGCUAUAUAACAGGCUGGUGAACGAUUUGGCCUUAUNCUAUGAGGUGCUAUAUAACAGGCUGGUGAACGAUUUGGCCUUAUGGGAACCGUCAUCACAGUUGUUCAAGAAUACUUCAGUGCAGUCAGCGGGGGUGAAUAUCAACGCACCAAUUAGUGAUGACGUGUUCCAAAUGUGCUCGUGUCCGAAUAUUAGAAAGGAAUCGGAAAAUGAUUUGUCGGAUGCAGAAGGGGAUGGCUCGCAUGGCACUGCAGGGACAUCACGCUCGCAAGUAGAUGGUUCGGGUUCGAGCUCGGGUGUGGUGCUUAUUAAUAAGACGGCGUGUGCACAGAGUCAGAUCGCUAGUGAGCUGUCGGUAAUGCAGAUGUUUGUGGUGAACGGAUAUCACGGCAAUAACGACUUGACUUACUUUUAUUUUACUGCUGGGCAGGUAGCUGUGUUUCAUAGAAAUCUGCUGGAAGGCGUAGCAGCAUAUGAGCGCAAUGUGCAGCAGAAAAAUUUUGCCACGAAAAGCAGAGAAGACGUGAGGGUGGAAGCAAUGGAGAGAGGUGGGAAGGGUGAGGUGAGAGGGGAUACGUUGUGCGAGUUGAUAGAGGACGAUAAUGUGGCGGUGGCGAUCAGGAUGGAUUUCCAUUCGGACACGAAUGUGAAGGUUUGUGUGUUAUUAUGUUGUUGUUGUUGUGGUUGUUGUUUAUUUGUUGUUAUUAUUCAAUCAGCAAAUUCAACUGCAGGAAGUAAUGAGUUAAUGCCUCUCUGUUAUCAUCACCUUAAUCACUGA